CUUCUGACGGCAGCUGCUCAGCUCCUCUGCCAGGAUACCAGUAGGCAGUAGACCACGGGCACAGACGGCGGCGACCUACAAGGCAUCGCCUCGCCGCCGACCGUAAAUCCCUGCACCGCCGCCGUUUGGUUUUGAAUUGAAUCGGGCUCUAUUGAUGGGCAGCUUGCGCGCUCCGCCUCUGCUCCUUGGCGGCGCCAGCGUUGGUCGCGGCUAUCGGCUCCGGCUCGCCUCCUCCACAGUCCCCAAAUCCACGGUGGUUUCAGUGCUGAGUGUUACCUGCGCGAUGAAGUCGUACAGGCUCUCCGAUCUCAGUGAUGCAGAGGUUAGCGGCCUCAGGGCACGCCCUCGCAUCGACUUCACCUCCAUUUUCAGCACGGUGAAUCCGAUUGUUGAAGAUGUGCGCGUCAGAGGUGAUGCUGCGGUUAAGGAUUAUACAGAAAAGUUUGACAAGGUCUUGCUUGAUAACGCGGUUGUGCGCGUUAGCGAUCUUCCGGUUGCAGAGCUUGAUCCGGCUGUAAAGGAAGCCUUCGACGUGGCAUAUGACAAUAUUUAUGCCUUCCAUGCUGCACAAAAGUCGCCGGAGAAGACAGUUGAGAAUAUGAAAGGUGUAAGAUGUAAAAGGAUAACAAGAUGCAUUGGUUCUGUCGGGCUGUAUGUUCCAGGUGGCACUGCAGUCCUACCCUCAACUGCAUUGAUGCUUGCCGUGCCUGCACAGAUUGCUGGAUGCAAAACUGUAGUUCUUGCCACACCUCCUAGUCGUGAUGGUAGCAUAUGUAAGGAGGUUCUUUACUGUGCCCAAAAAGCUGGUGUUACACACAUACUGAAAGCUGGGGGAGCACAGGCAAUCUCAGCUAUGGCGUGGGGAACUGCAUCAUGCCCAAAGGUUGAGAAAAUAUUCGGACCCGGCAACCAGUAUGUCACUGCUGCUAAAAUGAUUCUUCAGAACAGCGAAGCUAUGGUCUCUAUAGACAUGCCUGCUGGCCCUUCGGAAGUUCUAGUCAUUGCUGACAAAUAUGCAAACCCAGUCCAUGUUGCAGCUGAUUUGCUAUCUCAGGCAGAACAUGGCCCAGAUAGUCAGGUUGUUCUCGUUAUCGCCGGAGAUGGUGUUGAUUUGGGUGCCAUCGAAGCAGAAGUCAGCAAGCAGUGUGAUGCUCUUCCUAGAGGAGAAUUUGCUUCCAAAGCACUUGGCCACAGUUUCACUGUUUUUGCCAGAGAUAUGGUUGAGGCAAUAUCAUUCUCAAAUAUGUAUGCUCCUGAGCAUUUGAUCAUCAAUGUAAAGGACGCUGAGCAGUGGGAGGACAUCAUCGAGAACGCAGGCUCAGUUUUCUUGGGGCAAUGGACCCCAGAGAGUGUGGGUGACUAUGCCAGCGGAACGAACCACGUUCUUCCAACCUACGGUUACGCAAGGAUGUACAGCGGUGUGUCACUGAACUCUUUCCUCAAAUACAUCACUGUCCAAUCCCUGACUGAAGAAGGGCUGAGGAGGCUGGGUCCUUACGUAGCAAAGAUGGCAGAAGUCGAAGGGCUAGAAGCGCACAAGAGAGCUGUUACCCUCAGACUGCAAGAGAUCGAAGCUACUGUAACUGUGUAACUGUUGCCAUGGUGUGUUUACCAGUAAUUUUGAUGCUUGGGAACUAUAAAGUUUCUGACAUUUUUCUUUUUUAUUCGGCCAAACACUAUAGUGUUCAAGGAGAAGAAUAUGUAAUUGCUGCAUGGAAUAAUGAUCGCUAUGUUGAUCCAUUGAAGGAAUAAACUUGCGAGCUUAGUUUGU